UGCACGCAAAUCGAAUGACGAUAUGUUAAAUGAUAGAGUAACAAAAUAUAUAUCGAUGACAUGUAGAGAAAUGCUAAUUUCGGAUUGCACAACAAGUCAUUACAUAUGUUUAUCAUGUGUGCUAAAUAUAGGUAUUUGUCAAUAUUUGGGUUUUCCAACUGAAAAUUCUACAUUAGGAUCAUGGAGACCGUAGAUAAAGGAGCUCAAUUUGUACAGAACUAUACACAAAGGUUGUUUGAACAUAUUGAGAAGCAAGCACUUCGAAUCGGUGAAAAAUGUGAUGAUUAUAUGGAUGAUACUUCACCGGGAAAGAAAUAUUUGUGUGAAAUAUUGCUUAGGGUUCCGUUGAUUUUCAUAAUUCACCAAUGGCUACUUCUAAGUCCGUAUUCUAAUUACUGGAUUAUUGAUAUUUUCCUCUUCAUCGUCCGAUACGGAGGCGAGUGUCACUCAUGAUACAACAAUAUGACUAGGAUAAGAACUUGAAAAUGUUUUGUCGGUCACGAUCAUGUAGUUAAAGGGUCUAUGCAGGUCAUGUACGUGUCAAUAGAGUACAUUCAGAGCCAGCUCUAUGACAUGACAGAGAACAUUGUAAAGAUACAUUUUCAGAGAAACUGUGUCACUAUUGUAUUUCCCUUGGUUGGAACAUGGGCAUUCAACAGCGGAGUCCUUCUGCAAGUAUACACUGUCCUUACAAUAGAUGUAGCCGUCACAUGGUUGAAACGAAUUGAUUAUUGGACCCACCACGAUGAAGCAGAUGGUAUUUGCCAUGAAAAGAAUGUUCUUGUUUGGCCAAAUGUAACAGAACAAUCGAGGGCACCAGAGAUAUGUUCCAUUUCAAUGCAGAUUGUAUACCUUUGUUGCAGACCUGGAGCGUUCGUACACAGAAGGAAAGUGCAUAUAUCCACCUGGGUAUACAUUGCAUUAUUUGCGACCCUUGUUCCCAAUAUUCUAAGCGUUUUAAGUAUAUUUCCUUCUUUUCUGUCGGAAGUUUCAUAUUGGAUAGAAAGUACAUUAUUAUUAAAAGUGUGUAUAUUUGAAGUAGGUUCAAAUAUGGAUGUAGAUAUUAAAGUUGAUAAAAAUAAAUUAGUGCUACUGACUGCUAAGCACAUACUGACAAAUGAUGAGCAGACGAGACUAGAAUACAGAACUAGAAUUCAAGAUUUACGACGACGUAUAGAAAGACGAAAUCAGGGUGGUAACUAUGCGGAUCGGUUUCCAGGCAAAUGGUUCAUGCGAGAUACAAUGCUUGCCUUUGGAGCUUUGUAUUUUCUCUUUACAUUUCUGAUUGAAAUAACUAUCUAUCAAACACAACUUAGCUCUAUGUCUACAUCCGAUACCCUUUUUGAAGUAUUAACUGUGUGGUGCACGACACAGGUGAUUGUUGUUUUCAUGUCAUAUGGACUUGGACUUCUAUCUAAUCUGUGCGUUGCUCUGUGUCACAUAUUCCUUACUACCGAAAUAAUCAUAAUAGAGGCUUUCGAUGCGAACAUUGGUGGUAUUGUACAAGUAUCUGCGCUCAUAGCAUUUACUGAAGCAAACAUUUUGUCUUUAGAGUACACUGAAAAAAUAGAAGCCAUGAAAAUGGUAGUAUUCCUUUCCGUAUACGCUAUAAUCUUCCAAACACUCGAUGUUCUCGAACACAAAAUACUUAAUGCAGUCAACAGUGGCGUGUCCCCAGGUGUAUUAUUCUACCUGCGAGUCGGGAUUCUAACAGCACUUUUUGUAACUGCCCCAACCUUAUCCUCAGUUAUUGUUUCGGAACAUUUAGACAUAAAUCCAUGGCUUCUCUUUUUUGCAUCUGGAAAUUGUACGCUAAUACUCCGAACUGUCUUUAUGUUAUUGGAAUGUGCUUUCGUAUCUUUCACAUGGCACACUAUACAGCAUCUGGGUAGGUUAGAAGACCUGAUACAUUACACGCGAGUAUCAAAGAGCCUGUGUCUGGUUGUACUAAAUGUUUUGCAGAGUUAUUGUAGAUAUAUUUGUCCGUUCUUUAAAGGUUGGUGGUUUUUAAGACUUUUCUUAGCUGUAUUCAGCUGUUUUGUUGUGGUAUUUGCUUUUGGGAUGAUGGAAUUAAAUAGAUACAAUGACCGAAACCGUUUGAGAUCACUCCUUAACAGCCUGCCAGAUGUAACGUUCAAAUCUGCAAACACAACAAACGAAAAUAGCGAAGAGGAAACCGAAGAGUGUGCGAUUUGUUACUCUCUGUUGUCGGAAGGGAAGACUUUACCUUGCAAACAUGUCUUCCACAAGGACUGCUUAAGAAGAUGGUUUCAGGUUAAGGCAGUUUGUCCUUUCUGUAACACUGAAAUUAAAUAAGAAAUUAUACACCUUUUGAAAGUGAAAAGUAAGAACCUAGAAAUAAGAAGUAAGAAGUAAAAAAUUUGAAGUAAGAAGGUAGAAAUAAGCAGUAAGAAAUUUGAAGUUAGAAGUAAGAACUAAGAAUUUUAAAAUGUCUCUUUAUGACUUUCGUGCUAUACAGAGAAGUAUAUGAAAGUAGCCUCUACAGAUAAAUAAGAUGUUAAAAUACGGCUGGGAUGUACUUUCUGGCUAUUAUAAAACAACUGUAGUGAGCCAUUAUGACCAAAAGCCAUACCACAACCAUGUAUAACAUUUUUAUAAUAUACCGAAGCUUUCAUAUUCAUAUUUCAUAUAUUGUCGACAUAUUCUGAUACGUAUCAAAUAAAUUGCUUUUUCAUCUGUCUUGUCAUCUAAGCCUAAAAAUCUAUCAAGAUCACCUCACCAGAAAUAUUAACAUUGCUAUAUGACGUGGCAGAAUGCGGGGACGUUUCGGUUACCCUUGGUAUUCACUAUGGUUAUUGCGUGUAAGGCACGUACACUGCUCCAUUAUCGGUCUCUUAAUGACGACUGUAAUUAUCGUUUCAAUGGAUUUUUUUUACUAUUUUCAGUAUGGAACAUAAUAAUUUUUAAUUAAAAGAGUACGCCAAGGAUUAAUACUUCGGCAGAUUUUUCAUCUAAAAUUUACAUUUUCUUAUUUCUUAUACAUAAUAUAACCCUGUUAUGUUUUUACUUUGUUGACACGUCAUUCAGUUAAUAAUAUGAGUAUACAUGUACAUAUAAAAUAGUCUGCAUCAUGCUUACAACCGCAAUAAAGCAUAACGGAAUUUUACCGACUGUCACCGAACCUAUUACUACUGAGACAGAAGCGUACAGCAGAGGCAGAACUCUCUUACGUACGGUCAAUGAUUUCUGUAGUAAGGAUUAAAUACCAUAAACCUUUAAUCUUAAUCAAUACAUACUCUAAUUAAAUACAUGAUAUUUUUUUUUAUAUUUUCUAUAAGAAAAUCCAGUGACAAUGCAGAAGUUAGAAGUAAGAUGAAAGAAGUUAGAAGUUCCUCCAGGCUCUCAUAAUAAAUAGUGUAAUUCGCCACGGUGCAAAUGCUUAUGCCACAAACAAGCCCCUUUACAUAGAUUAUUUACCGUGUGAAGGCGGUGUCCCUAUUUUUAAUUUGCUUUUUUGCCCUUGCCGUUUCAUUUGUUUUGUAUGUUAUCUUGCAUGUACCGCCUUCUUUUAAUGUUUUACAAUUUUUUAAUUAUGAUAAACUAUGUAUUGUUGACUGGUAUUUGAAGCACGCCGUCUACUUUAUAGUUCCAAUAUUGGGUCAAAUUUUGGGUGGUGUAAUAUGUUGGAUUUUCUGGUUGUGUUUGCUAGGCUUAAUGCUUUUAGUGAUUCUAUGAAGCAGACACAUAUUUCAACCCUGGCCGGGAUUCGGACCUGGCACCUCUCACACCUAAGGUGAACACGUCACACCACGUCACUAUAAAAGUUAGCUCAGUAGCAAGCUAGUAUACGUGCACACUUAUAAUCUACCCGACUUAGGACAACGCAACAGACUGAAAAUAUUUCAGCCCUUAUCUGAAUUUGAACAUGGGACCUCUUACAUUUAGGUCGUUAAACAAAAUUACUUUUGUUGAUAAAUUUCUUAAUUUAUGUCUUUAUAGGGAAUAUCUCUUGCAUAGUCAUUUGUCUGCGCCGUCUGUUUACCCAGCUUUGUUCUCUAUUUCACAUAAGGACAUGUAUCUACAUUGAUUAUGCACAUUGCUUGUAUUAACUGAGUUUACAGAUUUGUAUAUAUAUAAAACCUAGUGAAAGAAAAAUAAAAGGUUGAAUCAUG